AUGGCCAGACACAUGCUGAAAUCCACCAAUACUCCGCAGACAAUCUUGCCCGAUGGCUUCAAACUACUGCAGGCUUAGGGGGCAGCUGAGCUGCCCAUUCUUGAGAUGCGUGCGUGAUAUUUCCCGUUGAAAGUCGCAUAUAAUAGUUUGGCUACCCCAGAUUCUCCACAGCGCGCACGACCCACACUCUGCCAAACUAAGUGCCUAAGGUUGGAGGCCAGCAAUCGCGAUGAAUCCCAAGACCUAUCAAUUUGUGGUGGCUCUCUUCGCCGCCUUCGGGUCGUUCCUUUAUGGCUAUGAUCUGGGUGUGAUUGCCUCAGUCGUGGCCUCAGACUCCUUCGUUGAUAGAUUCCUGACGCACAAUGGAAGCGUGAUUUCAGGGACAGUGGUUUCGUUGUUCACGGCUGGAGCGUUCUUGGGAGCUCUAGGCGCAGGAUACACUGAUCCACUUGGGCGGCGCAAUACCCUCGUUCUAGGAUCCGUACUCUUCUGUGUCGGAGGCAUCCUGCAAACAGCCGCGGUCAAUGUUGGAAUGUUGCUGUUCUCGCGCAUUUUUGCUGGGUUUGGGAUUGGCAUUCUCGUGGAAGCCGUCCCUAUGUUCCAGGCAGAGAUCGCACACGCCAGCAUUCGAGGUAUUCUAGGAUCGCUCCAACAGACGAUGCUGGGUAUUGGAUCACUGUCUGCCUCCUGGAUCGGAUACGGGUGCGAAAAGAGGUGGGCCAAUACGGGCGACAGCGUUCAAUGGCGACUACCUCUAGCCCUGCAGCUUGUUCCUGCUAUCGGUCUCGCUUCAUGUAUCUAUUUCUUUCCAGAAUCUCCUCGGUGGUUGAUCGACCACGAUCGCCAUGAAGAAGGACUGCACAAUCUAGCUCGACUGCACGCUCACGGCAACAUCGACGACCCGUACGUGCGAGCCGAAUAUGAGCUGAUUCAGCGUCAAAUCGAUGAGGAGCAUCAGCAUGCUGCCAAGUCUUACAAGGAACUGUUCGCCAACCGGUCCAAUACGCGUCGAAUCAUCCUUGCCUGUGCCUGUCAAGCAUCCACCCAGAUGACCGGCGUCUCCGCCAUCCAAUACUUCUCCCCGGCCAUCUUCGCCCAGAUUGGCAUCUCCACCUCCCAGACCCUCCUCUACCAAGGCAUCAACUCCAUCAUCGGCGAACUCGCGCAAUUUAUCUUCUUCUUUCUGAUCGACCGCGUCGGCCGUCGCCCCCUGCAGAUUGGCGGCAACGUCGCCUGCGGACUCGCCUUCAUCAUCGGCGCCUCGCUCCUGUCUCAGUACCCGCCCGACUCCACCAACAAUGCGGCGCACUGGGCGUUCAUCGUGGCCAGCACCUGGGUCUUCAACUUCUGCUUCUGCGCCUCGGGAACCAUGUCCUGGAUUAUUCCGGCAGAGAUCUUCAACACGGCGACUCGAGCCAAGGGGAUUUCGCUGGCGACGAUGGUCUCCUUCGCCUUCAACACGAUGAUCGCUCAGGUGACGCCCAUCGCGCUGGAGCACAUCGGCUGGCGCUAUUACCUGUUGUUCAUUGUGUGCGACUUUGGAAACGCGCUUUUCUUCUAUCUGUUCCUGCCGGAGACCAAGGGUCUGUCGCUGGAAGUGAUGGAUGAUCUGUUUACCAACGCGCCGUUGUUGGUCCCCGGCAGUCGGUGGGAGGUGUCGCCGGACAUCAAUCUCGAAAAAGCCUUGGCGCAGGAGACUGCUGCGGUGGAGUUAGAUCGCUUGUCGGUCAAGGGGGAGGAGAAGGAUGGACCUGUGUCUACACUGGUGGAGGCUGUUUGAGUCAAAGCUAUUUGGCGGGCAAUGGGCGGGGAGUAGCGACGAUGUUUUUCUUCAUGGUGGGCCUUUGUUGCAUGACGGGUUAAUACUAACCCAGCAUAGUAACAAUAUGAUGACACGCAAUGACCAGUGAGGUAUUUG